ACUGUCUAACUAUGGAGUUCGGGAAGAGCAUGCUCGAAAACUUUCUUCUCAACAAUGAUUAUUCAAUGAUAAAUCAUGGAUCAUGGGGUGCAGUUCCUAAGGAAGUGUUUGAUUAUAAGAUGAAGUUACUUAGAGAUCACGAGGCAUUACCAGAAUAUUUCUUUAGAAAGACAUUAUAUGAAGAGCAAGAAAGGAAUAGCGAAGCGAUAGCUAAAUUUGUUGGAACAGAGCCGAAUAGCGUUGCUCUAACGGAUAAUACAACAUUUGGCGUAAAUAGCUCCAUAAUGUCAGCUCCUCUUUCGGAAGGCGAUUCUAUCUUGGUCCAGUCAUUUACUUAUAAGGCAACUGCAUGCGUUGCUGAAAGAAUAGCCGAACAAAAAGGUUUUAUAGUCAGAACAUUGGAUAUAAGGUUACCUAUCAAAUCAGAUGACGAUAUUGUUCAGUUAUACGCCAACGAGUUGGAAAAGUACCCUGAUAUCAGAAUGAUUAUAUUAGAUCAUAUUUCAAGCGCUGUUCCUAUACUAUGGCCUGUUGAGAAGCUAAUGAACCUCUUUAGAGCGUACGACGUUAUAAUUCUGAUAGAUGGUGCACACGCUCCAGGGCAAGUUUCUGUUUGUCUAGAUGAAUUACAACCUGACUAUUACGUUGCAAGUUUACAUAAAUGGAAUUUUGUUCCGAGAAGUUGCGGUAUGCUCUAUGUUGCUGAUGGACGACAAGAGUCCAUGCAUAAUAUUAUGACCUCUUUCAAAUACAAAGCUAGACCAUUCCAAAAAAGAUUUCACUAUAUCGGAACAAGAGAUUUCUCCUCGCUAUUCUGUUGGACGCAAUCAAGAAAUUUCGUAGAGAAAUGCGGUGGAUUGGUAAAUAUUUAA